GCAUGCGGAUCCUGGUGACCUUGCUGCUGGACACCCUGCCCAUGCUGGGCAAUGUGUUGUUGCUCUGCUUCUUCGUCUUCUUCAUUUUCGGCAUCGUCGGAGUCCAGCUGUGGGCCGGCCUGCUCCGAAAUCGCUGCUUCGUCAAAAACAACUUCACCUUCCCCUUUUCUGUUGAGCUCGGAAACUACUACCGCACUGAAAAUGACGAUGAGAACCCCUUCAUCUGCUCCAUACCACAAGAUAACGGCAUGAGGGACUGCGGCUCCAUUCCCAGGCUGUACGAGGAGGGAGGCCAUCAGUGCACCCUAGAUAUGGACUCCUACAACAGCACCACCAACAACACCUGUGUCAACUGGAACCAGUACUACACCAACUGCUCUGCCGGCCUGAUCAACCCUUUUAAGGGCGCCAUCAACUUCGACAACAUCUGCUAUGCCUGGAUUGCCAUCUUUCAGGUGAUCACUCUGGAGGGCUGGGUGGACAUCAUGUACUUUGUGAUGGAUGCUCACUCCUUUUAUAACUUCAUCUACUUCAUCCUACUCAUCAUUGUAAGUGCCACUUCAUUGGGACACCAGCUG